AUGGAGGUGAGAAUGUACUUCAUCACAUUGCCUUUUCUAAUCCCAUCAUUAUCGGUUUGGUUUCUUGUUCAUGCUUCGGUUGAUCGCAGAUUUCUCCAUAGUUCAUCCAACGCUAAUGUUCGACGAUGGAGCAGUUACAAGGUUGCCCGUCUGGUUAUUCCAUUGACAUUUCUCGUUGUUCAACUUGCAUAUGCACAUGUGUUGGUUUUCUAUGAAAUUCUUACAUCACCGCAGCGAACCUGCUCAAUUGGAAACAAAGCCUACAAUAUAUUUCUUGGAAUCUGGCAUGUGAUCACAUAUGGCACAGGUCCAGCUUUGCUGAUGCUCAUCUUCUCCUUGUUGACAAUUCGACACGUUCGACAAAGACGAGUAAUACCGACAGCAAGUCAUUCGAUUGAGGAAAAUCAGCGUUCGAGCGGUGAUAAUCAUUUGCUUCGGAUGGCGCUUGCACAAUGCGGAUUUAUCGCAAUAGCGACAACGAUAUAUGCUGUUGGUCAAUGGUACACAACAUUAACAGCAGAGCAAAGCAAGAGUAGUCUUCAAGUAGCCAUAGAUAACUUAUUUUAUUUUUGGACUGGAACUAUUUCAGGAUUUGGUCACGCUACAACAUUUUUCAUAUUUACUUUGAGCAGUAAAUUCUUUCGAGAACAGUUAUUUUGUCGUCGUCGAGGGAGAAAUUUCUGA